ACUAUUGAUGGUUCCAAAGAUAGAGUGAAUGAUUUUAAAGAAUUAAAUAAAUCUAUUAAUGCAAUAUGUCAUGAAGAAAAAUAUUCAGAAAUAUUCAAAUAUGAUACUGAAAACAAUGAAUUAAAAAAUCAGGCUUCUUUGCAAAAACUUCCACAAGUUCCAGCGACCAAUCAAAUUGCUUCUGAGAAAGAUCUAGAAACCAAUCAAGAUUCAUCAAUGGAAAAGGCAGUGACCAAUGAGAUUUCUUUGAAGGAUCAUGUUGUAGCCAAUAAGAUUGUUGCACCAGGAACUUCCAAAGAUACCAGAGAAGAGUCUAGUGGAAGACUCUAUAACUAUAGAGAGGUGAACUACCAGUGGACUUUACAAAUGGCCAGACUUGCUCACCUAAUCAGCUUCAUUUUCCUAUCAUUUGUGUGUUGCUACACACCAUUUUUAGUCUGUGUGUUUAUUUAUUCAAUAGAACCAGGCAAAUAUGUAGGUCCUACAGCUAUAUAUAUCACCACAAAUAUCUUAGUUUUUAACUCAUUUACAAAUGUACUGAUCUAUAUCACAAGGAGUUCUGACUACAGAAGGGCCUUUAAGAAUAUUGUCACAUGUAGAGGAACGACUGUCCACCCAACACAACAAGGCCUUUAAGAAAACUGUCAUGUAGAAGAAAGAAUGUGUAGCAGAUAUAACAGGAUCUUGAGGAACACUGUUAGUGUAAAAGACUGCCUGUUAGAUAAAAAUAAGAGACUAACUUAUUAGAUAAAUAUUUCUUUUCAAGUUUAGAUACUUAAAUAAAAGAAGGUUUCUGACCCUUCAAAGUCUGUUGUGAUACAAACAAAAUGUCAUUGCUAACAUAAAUGCUGAUUGAUGCAUUGAAACUUGUGGGUUGAUUUUCACAACUGCCAAAUGGCCUUAAGGACCAUUGAUAUAUGGUGAAGAAUUAGUGAGUUUAAAUAUAUACUUUAACAUGUAAAAAUUACUUCAAAAAUCUACCAAGAUAAAUUUCAAUGUUAAUAUCCAAGACCUUAUCAUCCUGGGUGAACUACCCAUCUUUUUAUUCGGUUUGCUUACAUUACUAAGGAUUAUCAGCGGUUUUUCAGUAAAAAUGAUGACCUUAUCCUACUAAAAUGAAGAUUAUGUUCAACAACAAGUUCAGGGUGUGAUUCUGUAUAGCGCAUUCUCAAGGGAAAUUAAUGUACUUUAUAAAGACAACAAACAAGCAUCUGUGGAUAGAAAAGUUAGAAAGCCUUAGCCACAGAUGUGUGCAUGUUCAGUACGAUAAGGUCACCAUUUUUACUGAAAAGAUUGCUUAUUAUGGUAUUAAAAUUAAUUAAAAACAUAUAAGUGAAUAAAUAUGAAGAGAAACAAGAUAUUAGUUUGAUUAAUGUAGUGUAUUUGAAGUUUUAAUACUGCAAUAUUUACACACAACCCAAAGUGACUCUUGUGAAGGGCAAGCUACUAUGGAAAAUUAGUGAGCUGCAGUCUAUCUGAGUCCUGGCUUCCAUUGGCCUGUGUGUAUAUUUGCUGUUUUUAAACCCCAAAAAUCAUUUAAAAUAUUGAUAAACAUUUAUUUUACACUCACCCCAUCUGCAAACUCCAGACUGAAGAUUUUUUGAACUGCUUCCUCGGCA